AUGGGAAAACCUCUCUGCUACGAUGCAGGGAAUCCAGAAGCUUCUCAAGCUCUAAUCAAUAAGAUCUACAGCGUUGGCCUCCAUUUCGCAACACCAGUCUCCUCCCUCAGAACCAAUGAACUCCAUUUGGUUCGGAGUGUGCUACAAAUGUUACAAGGAUAUUCGGGCUCAUUGUUUUAUUGGGACGUGAAUGUUAACUCGUUUCAACCCAAAAGUGGGAUGUAUGUUAAUCACCUCUCUCAUACAAGUCUUGACGCCAUUGUCAGUCAGUUCAUGUAUGCUGCUACUUGUUUGCAACUCAUAGAAAUUCUAGUCAACAGAGUCGAGAAAUCUAAGGGGUCACCUACUUUGAGGGCUUUUGUGUCUUCUGUUUCUGCGUGGCUUAAGAGGUGGCGUGACAUUGCGCUCAAGGAGGAAGUGAGGAUAAGCAAAGAUGACAAUGGGACUACGCCUACGUUAUUGGGAUUGGCCAGCUCCUUAUCUAGUCUAUGCUCAGGUGCGGAGUCUCUGUUGCAAAUAGUGCAUAGUGCCAUUCCCCAAGUGUAUUUUGAGUCCAAUCCUUCUCUUUCUGCUGCUGAGUUGGCUGUUCAUGUCCUUGACUACCUUUACAAGAAACUAGAUGAAGUGUGCCUUGUCCAGGGUGGUGAGGUUGUGACUGAGGAAGAUUACCAGAUGUUACUUCAUUUAUUUAUUGGAAGUAUAUUGCCAUACAUUGAGGGUCUUGAUUCUUGGCUUUUUGAAGGAACACUUGAUGAUCCCUAUGAGGAGAUGUUCUUCUAUGCUAAUACAGCAGUUUCAGUUGAUGAGGCGGACUUCUGGGAGAAGAGCUAUCUAUUGAGGCAAGUGCGGUGUCAAAUCUUAGAUGUUGGACGUGCUGCCCCAUCUGGUGCCAGCGACCGUGCAUCUGUAGUCAAUGAUAAAAAAGGAGUGGGUCAGAGGGAAUCCAUCUCAUGUCCGUUGUUUAUUAAGGACAUAGCUAAGUCGAUUGUUUCUGCUGGAAAAUCAUUACAGCUGAUCCGGCAUAUUCCUAUGACUUCUUCAGAAGGAAGUUGCUGUGGGAUUGAUGGUUUUGGCAAUUUGAAUAAAGGUGUGGACCGUGAGGAGAGCAUUGCAGGUUUAACUUUGUCAGAAGUUUUUUGCGUGUCAUUAGCAGGUCUUGUAGGACAUGGUGAUCAUGUCUUUCAGUAUAUUGCAAGUAAACAAAAACUAGAAUGUGAUGAUGGUGUGAUUGAGUCAGUAAGAGGCUCAGAAAAAACAUGGUGUAAAUUCUUGGUUGAUACGCUGUUGGAGAAAAGAUUGAUUGAAACCAAGUCUCCGCGAGCGUAUGGAAAAUCAUUUCCUCAUGUGGAAGUAGAUAGUAUGGUUGCAGAUUUGGUAGAGAAAUUUCCCCUUUCAAGAUCCCUCUGUCAAGAAAAUCCAGUUACAACAGUCUGCCAAAAGAUUCUUUCUAAGAAUGUGGAUGCGUGGAAAACCUUGAACUUAUCUAGAAAUUUUAGCCUGCCCCCUUUAAAUGAUGAAGUUCUACGAGAGGCUAUAUUUGGUUGGGAGAGUGGAUCAACUUCUUCGGCCAACGGAACCAACUAUACAUUUGGUUUUCGGUUUGGUGAAUCUGAACAUAAUCGUUCACAAGACGACUCAAAAAUGCUACAAUUAUUGUUUCCUUUUCCCACUCUUCUUCCUUCUUUUCAGGAUGAUCUUUGCAUGUCAGAGCUCUUACCUUUCCAGAAAAAUAGCACCCUUCCAUCUAGAGUCCUUACUUGGAUUCAAUAUUUUGAACCAAGAAGUACUCCACUUCCUGUGGUUAUAGUGCAGGAAUGUCUUACUGCCUACAUUCAGAAGCAGGUGGAUUGUAUCGGCAGGCAUGUAUUGUCCAAAUUGAUGAAUGAUUGGAAGUUGAUGGAUGAAUUGGCAGUGUUGCGUGCUAUUUACUUGUUAGGGUCAGGUGAUCUACUACAGCACUUCUUGACCGUCAUUUUCAAUAAGCUGGAUAAAGGAGAAACAUGGGACGAUGAUUUCGAAUUAAACACUAUAUUGCAGGAAUCUAUUAGAAACUCUGCUGAUGGUGUGCUCCUAAGUGUUCCUGAUUCACUGGUUGUAUCCCUCACCAAAAUUCAAGAUUUGAAUGGCAAUGAGCAGCCUAGUAUGGCUUCCCUUCCCUCGACUCCUCGUAAAAGUUGUGCUAACAGCCUUGGAAUGGAUGGACUUGAUUUACUACAGUUUACAUACAAGGUCUCUUGGCCACUUGAACUUAUUGCAAAUGCAGAAGCGAUCAAGAAAUAUAAUCAAGUCAUGGGAUUCUUGCUGAAGGUCAAGCGAGCAAAGUUUGUACUGGAUAAAGCUCGAAGGUGGAUGUGGAAGGGUAGAGGCAGGGCUGCGAACAGCUAUAAGCAUCACUGGUUGGUGGAGCAGAAACUUCUCCAUUUUGUUGAUGCGUUUCACCAGUAUGUGAUGGACAGAGUGUAUCACAAUGCAUGGCGUGAACUCUGUGAAGGUAUGGCAGCCGCUCGUUCUCUGGAUGAAGUCAUAGAAGUACAUGACUUGUACUUGUUGACAAUUCAGCGACAGUGUUUUGUAGUUCCAGAUAAGCUGUGGGCUCUCAUUGCAACCAGGAUAAACAACAUUUUGGGAUUAGCAUUGGACUUCUACUCUAUACAGCUGACACUUAGCGGUGGAGCAGUUUCUGCAAUCAAGGCCAAAUGUGAAAUGGAAGUUGACCGUAUUGAAAAACAGUUUGAUGAUUGCAUCGCUUUCUUGCUCAGAGUACUCUCCUUCAAACUCAAUGUAGGACACUUCCCGCAUUUAGCAGAUUUGGUUACUAGGAUCAAUUACAACCACUUUUACAUGUCAGAUACUGGAAAUUUAAGGACUCUCCCAAGCUCUGAAAAUAUUACUUCUAGACUAGGAAAAGCCUUUUUAGGCAGAACAGACUGA